AAAGGAGUCGAAACUACAAAACAUGUUUAGGUGUUUUCUACAAAAGAUCGAGAAAGGUUUUCGGUGGAUUCUUCUACUGAGAGUUUUCAUGAAUUAAAACAGGUUGCAAUCUCGGUUCUCUGUCUUCUUGAUGGUUCGCAAAAGUUAUAGGGCUGCUGAAACAGUGGCUAAAUCUUUCAAUGCUGACAAGUACCUGAAGAAAAUAGGGCUGGGAAAGGAGGACUAUUACUUCUGGAAGCAAAUAGGAAAAGCACUUGUAUGCACAUACACAGUUUUUGGUGCCAUGUGGUUGUUCAAUGAAACAUCCCCACUUGGUUGGUGGACACUGAAACCAGUACCCAAAGAAGAGAAAGAACUGGCUCACCUCUAUCAGCGAAUCAAUUAUCCAUACCCAGGUGACGAAGAGGCCAUGACUGAGUUCAUCGCAAAAGGUGGGAUGAUCGGGACCAUGGUUAGCGCCAAAGGGACUAUAGAAAUGGACUCAGGUCCUGCAAAUUAUCAGAAGCAGUUGCAGAAAGAGAAGUUUGAUCAGGAAGCACUUAAGCUGUGGUUGAGGAUGAAGAAUGAAGUUGUUCAAGAACUUCAGGAGAAAGGAUAUGGGAUUGAGUGAAACUCUAUAUCUGCAAUUGAUGCUACAAGUAUAAUAAUGUUGGAUCAAACUAAUUUUAACACUGUUGAUGGUAUGCUUGUGUUGAUGUUUGAUUGCAUAUAUCUUUUUGUACGAUAAACGUUGAAAUGAUGUUUUAAAACAUGUAUUAUAUAAGUGGAUAAGUAAGUAACCACAACAAGUUUUGAAAUGUG